AUGAAUUUUCAAACUUGUGAUGAAGAAUUGGAUAUAAAUAAAGGAUUAUUUUCAAUUAAUGGAAGUAUUGGUUAUGUUUUAAAACCAAAAAUUUUGUUAGAAGGGAGAGAUCCAAGGCAUAAAACUACAAUUUGUUGCACUUUGGAAAUUGCGAUAAUUUGUGGACAAUAUUUACCUAAAGCAGAGCCUGGAAAUAGUGGAAUUGUUGACCCAUAUGUUAGUGUUGAAAUUUUUGGAAUUCCAAAUGAUCGUUGUAAAUUAAAUACAAAGCCAGUUUAUAAUAAUGGCUUUAACCCUGUUUGGAACGAAAAAAUGUCUAUUCAACUCCGAUGUCCAGAAUUGGCAAUAUUACGUAUUUGUGUAAAAGAUUUUGAUUCAACUAGUGCAGAUGAAUUUAUUGGAGAAUUUUCUGUUCCUGUACAAAGCAUUAGACAAGGAUACUCCCAUGUUCGUUUAAACACUGGAAGUCAACAUAAUACAGAUGAAGCAGCUUCUUUAUUUAUAAGAAUUGCUUUUACUUGA